AUGUCGUGGCAAACUUACGUUGAUGAGCAUUUGAUGUGCGAUGUUGGCGACGGCCAAGGUCACCACCUCGCCGCCGCCGCCAUCAUUGGCCAUGACGGUAGCGUUUGGGCUCAGAGCGCUAAUUUUCCUCAGUUUAAGCCGCAAGAGAUGACAGAUAUCAUGAAGGAUUUCGAUGAGCCGGGUCAUCUCGCUCCCACAGGAAUGUUCCUCGCAGGACAAAAGUAUAUGGUCAUCCAAGGCGAGCCUGGUGCCGUCAUUCGUGGCAAGAAGGGAGCGGGAGGGAUCACGAUCAAGAAAACAGGACAAUCAAUGGUGUUUGGUCUGUACGAAGAGCCAGUGACUCCAGGACAAUGCAACAUAGUCGUCGAGAGGUUGGGUGAUUAUUUGGUCGAACAAGGAGCUUCCUCUGGCAUAGGAAGAGAGAUCUGUCUAGAUUUAGGCAAAGCUGGCUGUAAAAUUAUCGGAGCAGCUCGUCGUGUUGAUCGCCUCAACUCUCUCUGCUCGGUCAUCAACAACUUCGGUUCAACCGAGAUCCAAGCCGCAGCUCUUGAGCUAGACGUUACAUCGGACGCAGCCACCAUUCAAAAAGCGGUUAAGGAAGCUUGGGAAAUCUUUGGAAAGAUCGAUGUGUUGAUCAACAAUGCCGGGAUUAGAGGGAACGUGAAGUCGAGUUUGGAUUUGUCGGAGGAUGAGUGGGACAAAGUGUUCAAGACCAACCUAACCGGACCUUGGUUAGUCUCCAAACACGUCUGCGGUUUAAUGCGUGACGCUAAACGCGGUGGCUCCGUGAUAAACAUCUCAUCGAUCUCGGGGCUUCAACGUGGUAUUGCGCCUGGUGGAGUCGCAUAUGCUUGUUCAAAAGGCGGUGUUGACACCAUGACGAGGAUGAUGGCUAUUGAGCUAGGUGUUUACAAGAUCAGGGUUAACUCGAUUGCGCCGGGGCUGUUCAAGUCAGAGAUCACACAAGGUCUAAUGGAGAAAGAGUGGCUCAAGAACGUGACCGAGCGGACUAUUCCGUUAAAGGUGCAACAGACAGUGGAUCCGGGGCUUACUUCUCUCGUACGGUAUCUCAUUCACGACUCUUCUCAGUAUAUCUCUGGCAAUACGUACAUUGUUGAUUCCGGAAAUACAUUGCCUGGUCUGCCUAUAUUUUCUUCUCUUUGA